AGGUCCACACCUAUAUUUUUUUUUUGUGAAAAAUAAAACUGUCAGAUAAGAAAAUAAAGUUCAAUCUCGAAGAAAAAUUUCGAAUUUAUUUUUAUUUUCGAUAGUUAGAUAGUAAUGGAUUUGAGAAAAAAAGACUUGGUGAAUUUAAGAGCUUUUACACAAAAUAUUGAGACGGAAGUAACGAUGUUGCUCCAAAGCCUGCAAUGGGACCGAAAACGAAUUUUGGAGGGAUCGUCAGCAGCAAUAUGUCAAUAUGAUGCCAAUCACAGAAUGCCAGAAGAUAAUUUAAGAGUACAUGAAAGUUCCUGUAUUCUGCGAAGUUUGGGCUAUGUAGACAAUGAGGAAUUACUCCCGGACCCACCAGAUGAUGAAGCUCACACUCUUGUAAAACUCGGUAAUGUGGAAAUAGAGCAAAUAAUAAAUAAUGCAUCCAGAGUGGACCCUCUAUUUAAAAAAGGAGCAGGAAGUGUGAGCCACCAGCCGCUGUCACUGUCUCGGCUGCAAUUGGUCUACACGGCGGAUGAGAGGCGAGCACUGCAUGAUGCCGUUGUGGCUGUGGUGCCUUCAUGCCAUGACCUUGGAGACUUGGCUUUGGCAAGUUCAACAGCUGACGCGCAGAAAGGUGGCACAGUGAAGUCCCGCGUGGAGAUCCUGGCAGAGCUGCGGAACAUGAAGCGGCGGCGCGCCAAGUAUCGCGUCGCGGCCAAGACUAGGAACUACUCCGAUGUGCUGCGUGAUGUCAUCAAGACUCAGAUGGAGACAUAUACUGAAGCAGUAACUUCAACCAAAGUUGAAGAAAACACAAAAUGCAAUCAAGGUCACAAUUCAGAUUAUGACAAUAAUAAAUCCAGAAGUAAUUCUGAAAAUAACAAAUCUAUGAAUGAUGCCAAAUCUAGAGAUCGAAGCGACGAAAGGCCCGAUGAAAAGAGACAAUAUGGUGAAAGAAGAUACAGAGAAGAGAUCGGAAGAGUAUCUAGUAGAAGAUUUGAAGAUCGUGGUAGAUCAGACAGAAAGAGAUACGAAAGCCAUAGACAAGAGAGCUAUAAAGACGAUGGUAAGACUACCAAAGAAUCUAAAAGUGGAAGAGGACAUUCAGAUAGACAUGAAGGUCAUAGCAGUUACAGAAGACACCAUGACAGACUUAGCGAUAGAACUAGGAGUGUCGAAGAGAAUAAUGGCUUAAGGUAUUCUAGUGAUAAAGUAAAAGAUAGAAGAAAGACUCGUGGUUAUGAAGAAUCCAUUGAAAAAAAUAGUAAAAGUAAAUUAAAACCUUAUAUUUAUAAGGAAGAUAAAUUUGAUAUAGAAAAGAUUAAACUUGAGCCGGAUGACCAUGGAACAGCAAGAUGUAAUGAUUCUCAUAGAAGAGAACGCGAGAGGAGUUCCAGAGAGAGAUACGGCAGUCGAAAGAGAAAGCGUGAUGAUUGUCACAGACGACAUGGGCAUAAAGAUGAUACACCAUAUAAACGAUAUUAUGAAAUUAAAAAGGAACCUAUUUAAAUCUCGGUAUACCAAAAAUACCGAGAUUUAAACAGGAAGUGGUGUUGGUGUAAUGGUUAAGACUACGCCUGUGGAUCGUAAGGUCCCAGGUUCGAAUCCUACUCGUGCCACAUGAGUUUGCAUACCAAUCUGAGUUGUGUAUAGACAUCGACCACCACUUGCUUCUGACGAAGGAAAACAUCGUAAGAAAACCUGCAUACUGGUUGAUUAUUAUUAACUUGUGUGUGAAAUGGAGAAGGCGAUGGCAAACCACUCCAUUAAUAAUACCAAGAAAGUUGUUGUGUGUGUUUCAUUCCACGUAAUGACCACGACCUUCAGCCAUGAGGUAUACGACUAUGAAGAUACCAAAAUUAUAUGUUUUCAAAUUCUGUUGUUAAAAACUCAAGACAUAAUGAGUGCUAUAACUUAAUAUACCAAAUGAAUAAAAUGUUGAU